AUGGGCGCCAACAUUUCGCAGCCUACAGUAUUAAUUGGACCAUUUGGAGGGCCUGACGGGCAUCCUUGGGAUGAUGGGUCCGGAUCUUUCACUGGAGUUCGAAGUAUCAACCUUACACUCAAGGACGCAAUCGGGUCUUUUUGUAUUGUCUACGACUUGAACGGUAAUCCCGUUCAAGAGAUCAAACAUCUAAGUGGUGACUCCGGUUACACUACAGCAAAUGCUUCCUUUAAAUUCUCAGAGGAGAGGAUAAUUCAAGUGAGUGGGUACAUUGAUAUUCUGUCUCCUGCCACUCCAACGAGUCUUGUGAUACGCUCGAUUACAUUAAAGACCGACCAGAAAACCUAUGGACCAUACGGAGUUGAAAAAGGCACACCUUUCAGUUACCAAAUCCCAGCUGGUGCCUAUAUUUCUGGAUUUGUAGGAAGAACCAGCGGUGAUUACCUGAAUGCGAUUGGAUUUUACCAAACGACACCUUAA